AUGUGUGUGGAGUUCGUGCGUCGCCUCCUCCCUGCACCCCGCCGCGUGGGCCGAACGCAGCCCACUCCCGGCCCACACAGCCGGUCGCUCGCCUCCUCGGCUGUCGCCCCCCGCUUCUCGCUCUCCCUCGCGCCGACGCCUCGCCCGCCACGCCGCCCCUCGCCCGCCACGCCGCCCCUCGCCGUCCCUCGCUGUGCCGCGCCGCCGCCUCGCCCCUCGCCCGCCGCGCCGCCCCUCGCCGUCCUGCUCGUGCCGCCGUCCUGCUUGCGCCGACGCCGCCGCUCUCGCGCCGCCCUCAGCCCUCGCGUCCGUCUCGCCCGCCGCCGCCGCACCCUCGCUGCCCUCGCCCCGUCGCGCUGCCAGCCUCCGCCAGCUCCGCCCUCGAUCCUCGCGUCUGUCUCGCCCGACGCCGCCGCCGCCACGCCCUCGCUGCCCUCGCCUCCCUAUUGCAGUGCCGGCCUCCGCCAGCUCGGCGCCGCCAACUCGCGCGCCUCCUCCGUCGCGAGCUCCACGCCACCGACCCGCGGGCCUCAUCCGGUAGGCCCUCCGUCGAGCCGGCGCGCCCCUACUUGGUUGUACCCCCUCCUUGGACAUCUCGGGGCCGCGGAGCCGCGCGACUCCAGCGCGGCCAGCUCGACGCCACGGCUGAACGAGAACGGCGCCAUCACGCCGCUCCGCUCUGGCGUCACUGCGCCAAACUGUGGCGUCCCCGACGUGCCUCCUCGCCGAGUAGAUCUGUGGUGUCAUUGCUGUGGCCAGCUUGCUUAAUACAACUCUUGUGAACCUAACACUUCGUCUGAAUAGUGCUUAGCAUGAUUCUAGGUAACUAUUUGUCUGAUUAUCAGAUUAUUUGAUAUGAUGAUUUGCCCAGUAUAUGUGUUGCCAAAAGAAGGGAUUUCUACCGUCCAUUCUCUGGUAUUGAUCACUCUCUCACAUCUUCUUUCGUUUCCACUGACCAGGCUGAGGACUUUGAGGAUACGAGAUUACUGACCAAGCUUAUAGUUCAUUGCUUGUGAGUUGUCUGCUAAAAGGUAUGUGAUGCCCUUUCUUCUCUGCUUCUUCCACUCCACCAUUAGAAAUCAAUUCUCUGAAAAUGUGUCUCUGUGAUGUUAUAUUGAACUAUAAUGUUUGAUUGGAGCUAACUUGCCUGUCGGUAUCUUUGUACUAUCAUUGUUCGAAUAUGUAUUUGGAAAAAGUGAACGCUAAUCGAAAAGGGCGACAGUUUCAGACCCGGCAAGUUAACUAAAUAUGGUAAUAUAUUGAAUUAACCGCACGGGCAUUCAAAAGAGCUAUAAGUUCUCCUCACUUAAGUAUUGAAUUAACAUAUUCUGUUCUAAGCUAGCAUGACACUUUCUAUUGUAUUUAUAAUUUUAUUAGUAAGUGCAGAUGUUCUGAAAUAGUAACUAAAUAAGUCCCCUUUCCUGUAACUUCAGGUUUGUCAAAUUGGUUGAGUUAUUGUUAGGAUGAUCUAAACUUUGUGACAGUGGGUCCAUGACAAGGUAGAUGAAACAAUUAAUACUUUCAUACUGCCUCUAAUAGUCUGCUAGCAUGGUCUUGAUAUGUGUCAAGAUUCUGAACUCUGAAUGUUUCUGAAUUUCCACUAGGUCCGCAUACUGCCUCUGAAAAAAGCUGUCAAAGAGCCUAAAGUGAGUCGAUGAUAUAUACAACAUUGAUCAUGGAAGGAUUUGAUUCCAACAACAUUGGCUGCAUCAAGAUUGCAUGAAGAUAACAUGAGAAAUGGAUUGAUAAGAGAGCAAUGCCGGUCCAGGUAGGAGAAGCAAAGUUAUCUCAGAAAUUCAUGUGCAAGUCAAUUGUUUUAUUUUUACCUUUUCCAAAUCAUUGUAAGGCAACCUACUUUUUCAGCAGGUUUCUAGGAUUGGGAAGGGAGAAGGGCAUGCAAGGGGACUUUAUGGAUUUUAAGAGCUUAGAGAAUGAAAUUAUGGGGAUCCCUUUAGGAUGAUUCCCCCGUAUAAUUUUUUUAGCUUAGUUGUGAUGCCUAAGUUACUAUUGGAAAUGUUCUGAGAUGAAAGGAUACCGGUUUAUUAUCAUGCAGAAUUGGUUGGAACUACGAUGUAAUACAUGAUAGGAAAGCUCGUACUAUGUGUUACAAGGGUCUGAAUAUUGUUCUCUCCUCUCUUUUUUGUUGCAGUAGGCACACGGGUAUAAAAAGUUUUCGUUGAAAAUUGAUAAUCAGUGGAUUAAAUUGUUUGGAACAAUGUUAUUUAUUAUGCCUUUUAGUUGACA